CAUGUUUCCUCCACCGCUUCAGUCUCCCUACUCUUCUUCUCACAGCUUUGUUCUUAUUUUCUUCCACCGACUUUGGUUCUACCUCUCCAAAAAACGACACCCAAAUCGCUUUCAUCGGUGUAAUUUUGCCACGACGUUAAUCCCGUUUUCCGUCUUACCCCAUCUCUCUUGCUCUCGGUAUUUUGAAGGCCUAUUAUGGGCUUUGUACCCAUCGCCGUUGAAGACCAUCGCUUCCGGUGCACCGCCAUCAACAACAACUGCUCAAUCGGUGGUUAUUAUGAUUUCUUGAACAUGUUCUCAAGACUCACUUCAAGCAGAAGGUGGGGUAUCAGGUGGUUUCAUGAAAUCCAAGCGGUUGGCAAAUGGUGGAAAAGGACUGAAAGUAGAAUGUCACACACAGAGGUUGGAGUUCCCAUAUUGUUCUCCCCAGAGCUUUUUUGUACACAGUUAAAUAUCGAUGCAGGAAAGUUGGUCAAACAAAAGAGAAAAAUGAGGAGAUCUUGUCAAAACAAGCGGUUAAAGAUCGCUCAACAGGCUGAAGAGCAUGAAUGUUUUGUCACUAAGAUUGUGGCAGCAAUGCAUCGGUCUGGAGUUUAUAAGCAUUUGAUGAAUGAAGAGGAUGUUGAGAACUUGAAAUGGCUUCAAAUCUUCAAUAAGCAUGAUCUUUAAGUAAAAGUAAAGUCUGUGUUGAUGUUGAAAAGUAUUUCCCAGAAAAGCUAAGGCCCCGUUUGAUAGUUGCUGGCUGAAAAAGUGCUGACUGGGAAAUGUCUGUCUGGGUAAGAAAUCCUGACUGAGUAAGAAAUCUUGUUGUUUGAUUGUACAUCUGACUGAAUGUGCUGAGUGAUGAAAAU